CAAACGGUCAGGCGCAGAGAGGUCGGCAUGGCCUUCGUCAAUCUGGUGCCCAAACUCUAUCGAUCUGUAAUUGAGGACGUAAUUGAGGGUGUGCGGGACCUGUUUUCGGAAGAAGGCAUCGAGGAGCAGGUGUUAAAAGACUUGAAAAAGCUCUGGGAAACCAAAGUUUUACAGUCUAAGGCAACAGAGGACUUCUUCAGAAGCAGCGUCCAGUCGUCCCUGCUCACCUUCCAGCUCCCUCAUGGCCUGCCACCAACACUGCCGUCCACAGCCUCGUUGCUAAUCCCAGCUGGUAGAACACUCCCAAGCUUUAUGCCAGAAGACCUGAAUGCCGCCAGCUGUGGUGCAAACUUCACAUUUCCUGGAUAUCCGAUCCAUGUCCCAGCAGGCAUGGCCCUGCAGACGGCAUCUGGUCACCUCUACAAAGUCAACGUGCCAGUCAUGGUGACACAGACUUCUGGAAGGACAGAGAUUGUCCAGCACCCGUUUCAGCAAGUUCUCCAGCAGCUUGGGCAGCCGUCGGUGAUCCAGACCACGGUUCCCCCGUUGCACCCAUGUUCUCUUCAAGCAGCUGCUGAGAAAGCACACGGCAUGGAGGCUGUGCUGCAGCCGCCUACCAUUCUGCACUCCGCCCCCGUGGACAGGAAGCACCUGGAAGAUGCCGCCAGUGAGAGGCUUGUUCUGCCCGGAAGUGAGCCUAAGACCAUGCCCGAGGCCUUGCUGAGGCCGCAGGAAAGCUCUCCGUACCUCGGCCUCCCGGGAGUGGGCUUUCCUCCUCAGGUCGCUCUGAAGGAGCCCAGCCUGGAGCCGGUGCUGGGCAUCUCGGCAAACCUGACGCAGAGUCUGCACGCUGGUCCUUUCGCUCAGGGCCUGCAGGCCACUCUCCACCACCACAUGCUUGACGCGCAGCUUCACGGCCUCAAAGACAGGAUGUAUGGAUGUGACUCCAUACAGCAACUGAGAAAGUCAGAGGAGCCCAGCAGCCUCUCUGCCUCACAGAAGAAUUCUACUUCUGAGAUAGACCUGAAUAUUCAGGUAACUGAUGAUGAUAUUAAUGAAAUAAUUCAAAUAGAUGGAACUGGUGAUAACUCUUCUACUGAAGAAGUGGGAAGUGUAAGAGAUGUGGAUGAGAAUGAAUUCCCGGGGAUCAUUGAAGCAGGCGACCUCAAGUUGCUUGAGGAAGAAGCAGACAGUGUAUCAAAUGAAGAUUCAACUGCAAGUAGCAGUGACAAUGAAGAUCAUCAAGUAGACACCAUGGAGGAGGAUCCUCUAAAUUCUGGAGAUGAUGUCAGUGAGCAGGAUGUGCCAGACCUGUUUGACACAGAUAAUAUAAUUGUCUGUCAGUAUGAUAAGAUUCACCGCAGCAAGAACAAAUGGAAAUUCUUCUUAAAAGAUGGCGUCAUGUGCUUUGGAGGGAAAGACUAUGUGUUUGCAAAAGCCAUUGGUGAGGCUGAGUGGUAA